CUUCAACCCUAACUUUACAAAUAGAGCAUCUCUUUCAGUGUCUGAGGUUUUAGUGGUAGCCGCUGCAUCUCAACGAAACAGAGCGAGCUAGAGAGAGAGAGAGAGAGAAAGAGAAGAGAGAGAAGCAGCGAUUCAUCACAAUGGGUAAGGUUCACGGAUCUCUCGCACGUGCGGGUAAAGUGAGAGGACAAACUCCCAAAGUGGCGAAGCAAGACAAGAAGAAAAAGCCACGCGGACGCGCUCACAAGAGAAUGCAAUACAACCGCCGAUUCGUCACCGCCGUGGUGGGAUUCGGAAAGAAGCGUGGACCAAACUCCUCGGAGAAGUGAGGGAGGCGUGUUGAAGAUCAUGGUUUUUCUUAGUUUGUGAAAUGUAUCACUUGUUUUGAUUUGAUUGAUGAACUCAAACUUUUAUGAUAGUUCUUAUUAUGGUUCAAUGAAGGAGUUUUUUGCUAGUUAAUAUGUUUCUUUCUCACUGACAAUUGUGUAAAGAGUUUCUUCUACACACGAUUGUGUUGUUUUGUUUCUAUUAGAAAUUAGAAAUAGGGGUGCAAUUAGGUAAACAGGGAAUGCCAAGCUCAUCAAUUAAAUUAUUGUAGCGGGUUUUAGAUUU